AUGACGCGUUAUAGUGUUGACGUCGACGCGCUGGUGGGGCGUGAGCCAUUCGCUUGGGUGAGCCAUUCGCUUGUGAACCACGUUAUAGAUUAUGUAUACAAAACGGCCGCUUACUACUAUAGAGAUCUACUAUACUCUAGUAAUAGAAUAAGAUAA